AUGGCUUCCCAGCCCCUCGCCCUCUAUCUGAUAUUGCUUUUCCUGGGCUCAUGGCUUUCGUUAGCCAUGGGCCCUAGUCAUAUGGAAAAACUGCGUCAAGACAGUGUCCGAAUGUUCCUCCAUGGCUUCAAUAACUAUAUGGAACAUGCUUUCCCUGAGGAUGAGCUUCGUCCUGUGACUUGCGCGCCUCUUACACGCGAUCGAGAGAAUCCUGCGAACAUCGGCCUCAACGACGUCCUCGGCAACUACUCUUUAACCCUUAUCGACAGUUUGUCAACUCUUGCUAUUCUAGCCGGCGGUCGUCAAGAUGAUCAUGGAUAUACGGGAAGGCUUGCGCUUCUAGAUUUCCAAAACGGAGUAUCGGAUCUCGUGAAGUACUAUGGCGACGGUCGACCUGGACUUGCCGGCCUGCGGGGGCUUCGAUCGAAAGGGUUCGACCUGGAUAGCAAGGUGCAAGUUUUCGAGACGGUUAUUCGAGGUGUUGGCGGACUGUUGAGUGCUCACUUAUUCGCCACUGGUGAGCUUCCGAUACCCGGGUACGAUCCGACGCCCCCAGUGCAUUGGACCAGCAACGACCCUCUUGAAACUGCUCCCAUCGAGUGGCCGAAUGGAUUUGUCUACGACGGCCAACUCUUACGGCUUGCCUUCGACCUCGGUCAGCGCCUCCUCCCAGCAUUCUACACGAAUACCGGGAUUCCAUACCCUCGUGUAAAUCUGCGUUACGGUAUUCCCUUCUACCCAAACUCGCCGCUUAAUCACCAAUCAGCAGCUGGUCGCGGUAUGUAUGGAAGAGAUAUUACAGAAACAUGCAGCGCCGGUGCAGGAACUCUUGUUCUGGAAUUCUCUGUUCUUAGUCGCUUAUCGGGAGAUCCGCGGUUUGAAGAGGCGGCCAAGCGUGCUUUCUGGUCUAUCUGGGAGCAAAGAAGCCCCCUUGACUUGAUCGGCGGUGGCAUCGACGCCGAACGCGCUACUUGGAUUAGCACGGCGUCCGGAGUCGGGGCGGGCAUCGACAGUUUCUUCGAGUACGCCAUGAAGGCCCAUAUUUUGCUCUCUGGCCUUGAUCUUCCGAAUGAGACUGCUAUUGCUUACUCUUCUCGCCGCGAUUAUAAGCCGUUGUGGCUUGAUCCAAAUCUUAUUCAGCGGCCCCUAACUCCGGAGGAGCACUCUCCAGAUUCGUUCCUUAAAACGUGGCAUCAAGCUCACGCGGCUAUCAAGCGCCAUCUCUAUAACAGCUGGCAAAACCCGAACGAGGAUUUCCACCACCCGAGCUACAUGAAUGGAAACUAUCAGACCGGUGCGGUUUCUGCCUUGUGGGUAGAUAGUUUAAGCGCAUUCUAUCCAGGCCUUCUCACUCUUGCGGGCGAGCUUGAGGAGGCUGUGGAGGCACAUCUGCUUUACGCAGCCUUAUGGACCCGGUUUCAAGCGUUACCCGAAAGAUGGUCCCUUCGUGAUGGGCAGGUCGAGUCGAACCUAGGCUGGUGGCCUGGACGACCAGAGUUCAUCGAAUCAACGUACCACCUAUAUCGGGCGACGAAGGACCCCUGGUACUUGUAUGUUGGAGAAAUGGUCAUGAAGGAUGUCAUCGACCGCUGCUAUACCGAAUGUGGUUGGGCAGGUCUCCAGGACGUUCGGACGGGUGAGAAGUCGGAUCGGAUGGAGAGCUUCUUCCUUGGAGAAACAACCAAAUAUAUGUAUCUGCUCUUUGACCCAGACCAUCCUCUGAACAAAUUGGACGCACCUUUUGUCUUUUCGACUGAGGGUCAUCCCUUGAUCAUACCGCGAGAUCGGAAACGCAAGGGAGCGACUCGGAGUCACCAAACCAAUGCGGCGACGGAACCGGACGCGUAUUUCGAUCCCGAAUUUACGAAUGAAUGCCCUGUUGGCCCAGCAGCCGUGCCCCUCACGGGGUCCACAAUAGCAGCGCGGUCGGACCUGUACCACGCAGCGGGUGUUACAGGCCUCUACACAACGCCGAACAUCCACGGCGAAGUUGAGCAGGUCGGCAUCAAAGAGACCGAAUACGGCCCAGUGCCGCUGAUUCGGCCCAAGUCAAACCACACGUACUUUCCAUGGACGCUACCCUCCACGUACAUCCCUGCCAAUGGAACAUGCCACAGACUACCUGAAGGCCGCCAACUCACCCUGCAAUUCCCACACCGAGCUUCGGGACGCUCUGACUCUUCGUUCUGGCAGUCUGUGGUCAAGUUACCGGAUGAAGGCCUGUUCAUUGCGUCUCUGGACGACCUGAAGCUACAGAUGGUUCUCGAUACAGAAAUAGGCGGUCUUCCUUCUGUGUGGCGAAUAGUCUCAGUGAACAACGUCCCUCUUGGCCGGGAGGAGAACGCCGUCGUCGAUGCCGACCUGAUAUCGGACAUGACGGACCCCCUUUUCAAGCGCGUCCGCGAACACACAGCUGUCGAAGUUAUCCUCUCCCACGACCCGUUCGAUCUACGACACAGGAGAAGCAGGGCCGGCAACCCUGACAACUCGCUCGUCUCCGCAUACAAAGCCGCCAUGCGCACCGUCAAGGACCGCGUAAGCCUCGUCUUCCCCCGCUUCCAAACCGCCAAAACCUCCCUCCCCGUCGCCGAAGACGGCAACGACAUCGUCGUCGACGAAGACAGCGCCCUCGUAUAUGACCUCGGGCUCGAUCUCGACCUAGACGCGGACCUCGACCUAGCCCUCGAGACCAUCGAUUCAUUCGUCGCCUCCACCCCCGUCGGCAAGGGCGCCCAGCUCGUCCCAGACUCCCCGACGGCCAAAUACGUCUCCGCCGCCGACCCCGAUUCCGAAAUCCACCUCCCCUGGACGUCCGUCUACCUCACCGACGAGGCCUGCGAACCUCUACCCACCGAGGCUCCCCGAAACCACCAGGUCAUCGUCAUUCGUCGCGGCUCCUGCACCUUCAGCCAGAAGCUCGCUAGCAUUCCCAACUUUUACCCUUCUCCCACCUCCCUCGCCCUGGUGAUUGUCCUCGACGAGUCCGGCACCGAGGAGGGCCUCGUUAGCCCGAACCUCGAGGAGACGCAGUUCGCCCCUUCGGGUCUGCCCCGGUAUAACCCCAUCCCGCUCGUCCUUGUGCGGACGCCGCCUGGGGGCUACGAGAAGUUUAGGGCUGCGACGAGUUUAGGGAUACGGAGGUUGUAUCAUGUACAGUCGAGAGGUAUACGGAUAUCCAAUUUGAGGGUUAGAUGA